UAGUAGCAAGUGAUAAUAUGAAACAGUUUCACUUGACAGUUGCUGCUCUGCUGAUACUGCUAGUGCCAGACGUCAUUAACGCUGGGCUUAACGAGCUUGAGGACGCAGCUAAAGUUGAACGAAAUCACAGUGCUAGUAAGCACAAUUACCCUCCCUUUCUCCGGGCUAAAGACUGCAGACCAAGGAAGCACAACGUUCAGGACUGUAGCUGCCUUCAAGAGAUGUUUGUUAAAACUCAGUGUAUAGAACGACUGGGCGAAAAGUUCAUCAACCACAAAUACAAAGAUCCCAAGCCGUCAACCUGUGUGAAACAUUUCAACUAUUGCUACGGGUUUGAGGGGGAUGAAACAAAGACGUGGUACAACCAGUGCUGCCGGUCGAUGCUCUGUUACAUGAAACUCAGAACCUGUGUUUAGUUAUUUUACCAAUUUAGUGUUACUAAGGUGUUACUAAGGUGUUACUAAGGUGUUACUAAGGUGUUACUAAGGUGUAACUAAGGUGUUACUAGGUGUACAUGGUACAACCAGUGCUGCCGGUCAAUGCUCUGUUACAUGAAACUCAGAACCUGUGUUUAGUUAUUUUACCAAUUUAGUGUUACUAAGGUGUUACUAAGGUGUUACUAAGGUGUUACUAAGGUGUUACUAGGUGUACAUGGUACAACCAGUGCUGCCGGUCAAUGCUCUGUUACAUGAAACUCAGAACCUGCGUUUAGUUAUUUUACCGUGAAAUCUCCAAGUUAACAUUUGGUAAACAUUUUUCUAUUAGGAUCUAUUAUUAGUAAAAUGCACCUGUGCCCUCUUAAAGUUAACUACUUCAUCGGACAUUUUGUAAACGGACACAAUUUUGAAGUUGAACGGACAUUAAUGAUUAAAAUGAACUCUCAAAGGCAUUAAUUUAAUAUAUUUAAUUUAACUGCCUUGUCGGACUUUAUUUGAACGUACAUUAAAAUGAACGCUAGGGCCUCCGCCGUCCAAUUAAUG